AUGUUGUUUCAGACAAAGGGUCAAAUAUGUCUUGUCAUGGACCUCAUGGGAGGUGACCUACACACUUAUAUGAAGCAUUACUCCUCAUAUUGCCACCAGCAUGGUUGCAGGUGGACUGCUCAAAUAGCCCUCGGUCUCAAUUCUCUGCAUGAGAUAGGGAUGAUCCACCAGGAUAUCAAAGCCAAAAACAUCCUGAUUGAUGUUCAAGAGAAUGUUAGGAUUGCUGACUUUGGCUUGUGUUAUGUAAAGAAAGAGGAGGGGCCCUUGGAGCCACAGUGGAGGUAUAUGGCAAGUGCAGUGGGAACAACCUACUGCAUGGCACCAGAGGUUUUGUGCAACAGAGGCAAUCCCGAUGAGGUGUUCUUUGAUAAAGAGUUUGAUAUAUGGUUCUAUGUUUCUUGGUUCCCUGCCUUUUGA